AAGAAGAAGGAAGAAGAAGACAACAACACGUCAUCGAACAUGGCAGACACGUCAGGUGAUCCGAGAGGAUCAUCUUUUCUGGAUUCUCUAAGAGGGAUUUUAGUGGCAUAUUUUAUGCCGGAGCGUUGCUACGAUAAGUUCUUUCUGGAUCUCGACUUCCUGGACGUGCCAUGUCUAAAGAUUGUACUGAGCAAAGCCCUGGGGAUCGGCAUCAUCCUGGGAUCAGUGCUGGUGAAAUUACCACAGAUUAUAAAGCUGAUGGGAGCAAGGAGUGCAGAGGGGCUGAGCUUUAAUUCUGUGCUCCUGGAACUGUUAGCCAUCACUGGAACAAUGGUCUACAGCAUGUCCAACAAGUUCCCCUUUAGUGCCUGGGGUGAGGCUCUGUUCCUCAUGUUGCAGACUGUCACCAUUGGCUUCCUCAUCCAGCAUUACGGAAGAAGAACCAGCGUAGGUCUCUUCUUUCUGGUGAUAUAUUUUAGCCUGCUGGCAGUCCUUCUGUCUCCAGUCACUCCCAUCUCAGUGGUUACUACCAUGCAGGCCUCCAACAUGCCAGCCAUCAUCAUUGGCAGGCUGAUCCAGGCUGUAACCAACUUCCGCAACGGGCACACCGGCCAGCUCUCUGCUAUCUCCGUCUUCUUGCUGUUUGCUGGAUCCCUGGCUCGGAUCUUCACCUCCCUGCAGGAAACUGGGGAUUUUCUGAUGGCCCUAACGUACGUCAUAUCCUCUACAUGCAACGGGAUCAUUGCACUGCAGGUUCUCUACUACUGGAACAGCCACCCUGAGUAUAAGAAGAAAAAGAAGAGUGAAUAAGCAAAUGACUACUUUAAAUGUCACCUGUGGGGCAUUGUUUAUUUUUAGAUAUUCUGUUUUAGGAUAUCUCCUCUUUAAAAUCUGAGGAACUAAUAGACAAUGAGUGGAGUAGCACUCAUGUCGCGUUAAGGAAAAGAUGAAUUUUCCAGACCAAAGUGAUUGUGUGCAGCUCCAUUGGUUUCAUGAUUGACAGCUGGCAUUGUUGGUGGGGUCCGGACACCUCUCCUACCCUAUGGGGCACAGUCAGUAAUCACAUUCCAGGAGAGCUUUCCUUAUCAUGGCAACCUGUUCUGAUGAUCAGGAUUAAUAAAAGCAAAGGUUCUGUGUGAACUCUGA